CAGAUCAUUGACUUUUGGGUGGAGGAACAGCUACUGUGGGAGACGAGCUUUCUUCUCCAAUCAGACGGAGAGAAUUAACUGUGAUUUUUUCCUGUUCCAGAUUUCAGUUCCCACCGAGCUUUUCUGUUUCGGUUAGUAAAUGCAGAGACUGGGGGAGGCAAGUGGGCAAUUAAGCAUCUCAUCAACCUUUGACAGAUUUGCCCAAAACCCUUUCUGGCCACAAGUUGGCCGCGGCGGCCACACAGCCACACAUGCUCCUGGGGCCCACAGUUUGAUGUGCUGUCUCAACCAGCGACAUCACCAGCGUUUGAUCCUAGACAACAUUCAAUUCCCCCUUAUCUUAAUUGCGCCUUUAUCUUCUCUUGCCUCUUCUGUUUCGAAAAUUGAAUGUAGAAAAGGUGUUUGCUUGUUUGCCUGAGAGAGAUUUCUGAAGAAGAAGAAGAAGAAGAAGAUGAAGAUUCAGUGCGAUGUGUGCGAGAAGGCAACAGCCACAGUGAUAUGCUGUGCAGAUGAGGCCGCACUUUGCAGCAAGUGUGACAUUGAAGUUCAUGCUGCAAACAAGCUGGCCAGCAAGCACCAGAGGCUUCUUCUUCAGACCCUCUCCGACAAACUCCCUCAAUGUGACAUUUGCCAAGAGAAAGCAGCAUUUAUUUUCUGUGUUGAGGACAGAGCUCUCUUUUGCAAAGAAUGUGAUGAGCCAAUUCACUCAGUUAAUAGCCUGGCAGCGAACCACCAGCGGUUUCUGGCCACAGGAAUUCGGGUGGCGCUGAGUUCCAGCUGCAAGAAAGAUGCUCCAAAGGGGCAUUUGCAGGAUUCACAGCCACCCAAACCUACCACAAAGCAGAUUGCAGCUAAAAGUUCUUCUCAGCAAGUGUCUGCUUUUUCAUCGGCUUCCUGGUCCGUUGACGAAUUAAUUGGCUUUUCUGAUUACAAUCCCCCAGAGAAGAAAUUUCUGCAGGAGCAGCAGCUUGAGCUUGACGAGCUUGAAUGGUUAACCAAUAUGGGCCUCUUUAGAGAACACGAGGUGCCACAACUAUCUGCACCACCACCACCACCACAACCACCUUCGAGCAACAUGAACACAAACAAGUCAGCCAAAUUCUACAUGGCUCAGAAGAGGGCGAGAAUGGAUGAUCACGAUUUCUUUACUGUCCCUGAUCUUGGUUGAAUCCAACUUUUUUACUCUUCGAAGCUUUGUUCGCCUGACUUGUGUAUGUUUUGGGAGUGGUUGAAGUGUGCAUCUUCCAAACCCGCAUUCUGUACUGUAUUAUAAGGGACAAGUAUCGACAAUCCAGCAGCUGGAAUGCACGACAGAAUGCGGUUUUGGAAUAGAACAUCACACUAUGAUUCUUGCUAGCUGGUUAUGGUUAUUUGGGUGCAAUUCCUAGUCUUCUGUUAGAUUAAGUUAUAUUCACUUCUCUCUUUGUUGGGUAUUGUUUGUAAGACGAUGGCAAAAUAGGUCCCCUUUUCUUUGUAAAAUUAGGUUUGGUAUGAAGAAACAGUACAAUCCAAUUGGUUUGUGUUGUGUUAAUUAAAGCUGAGGUUAAAAUAGAAAGAAUAAAAAGUAAAUUAGCAAGAAUCCACCUGUCGGGCUAUAUCCAAAAUCAACAGAUGCAUAGAAACAUCUGUGGAUUUAGGCAAAUUUUUAAGUACAAUUAAAUUAAUGGAUAUCAAAUUUACAAUAGAAGCAAUUCUUUGUUGAUUGCAGAGAGUGGCGGAUCUAGGACAACAUAUCACUGGGGGCACCAUUGAAAAAGAAUAGCAGCAAGAGCAAGACGGGGUUUAGAGGCAACACAUCUACAAAUUUUUUUAAUGCAAUGUAAUUCUUCCGCCUUGAAGUAUUUAUCUAGUUUGAAUCAAAAAAGUUAAUUUGA